UGACGGAUUGGAGUGACGCACACAUAACGCAACCUUUUAUUACCACUCACGUCGCAACAAGACGUCUGUUAGUCUGUAACUACCGUUUGCAUUUCAAUCAUUAUGGCAAGAGCUGGAGGAUUACCAUUGUUUGUGGUAGUGAAUUUAAUCCUGUUCGCAGGUCUUGUUGCGUCAGCCGCUGGUACUGAUGCUUUAAAGGCGACUUUUAGCAUGGGUGGAAUUAAGGGUGACGUGACCUUCUCUCAAUCUCAAGGGCAGUAUUCCUCAGAAGUUAUGGUCAACUUAACAGGCGUCUCUGCGACAUUAAAAUGGAGCAUACGACAAUUACCUAUGAUCUACAAUGGCAACGCUAAUUUGAGCUGUAAAGCAGGCGCAGUGGGAGGUGUGUUUGACCCAAAGAUGGCAGAGGCGUCUGCUGACUAUGAGACCAACUGCCAAUUGAGCAAUAGUUUAAGAUUUCAAUCAUGCGCAGUUGGUGCUUUAUCCAGAAUGCUCGGAAAUCUGGACAGCAAUAAGCAAGAAUACAAAUAUUCAGACUGGAGGUUGAUGAUUCCCAUCAGUGGCCCGUAUAGUGUCAUGGGUAAGGCAUUAGUCCUGUACGAUGGUGACAUGCCCAAAGCAUGUGCACUGAUUGCUCCUACCCAGCCUAUGAAAACAUUCGUAGCUGUUUUCAAGGGUCCAGUUGCAGGCUUUGUGUACUUCAGACAAGUUGAUGAGAACUCGGAUACCUCUGUGUUUGUUGAUCUCUUCUUUGUCAACGGUACCAAUUCUAAUAAAGACUUUUCAUGGCAAAUUAACCAGGGCGUGGUCAGUCAUGAUGCCUCCGAUCCAUCUUCCUAUUGCAAGAAUGUUGGCCAAAUUUUUAACCCGAAAAACAUGAACGAUGCAAGCUGUAGUAAAACCAUGCAUGGUAAAUGCGCCAUUGGUGAUAUGACGUCCAAACAUGGAAAAAUCGAAGUCUCAUUGGCAACCAAAAUGCAGUCAUCUACAAAAGCGGCAUUCACCGACACCAACCUUCCCUUGAGCGGCGAUGACUCCGUCCAGGGCGAAACCCUGUUGCUGUUUCCAAGCGACCCAAUACAGGCUAUUGCCUGUGCGAAGAUCGUACGAUUAGAGCCGAAAACACUGAAAGUUUCGUUCGAUGGAAGUGUUCAGGAAGGUGUGACUGGCCAUUUCAUGUUUACGCAGUCCUCGCCUUUUGAUGCCACGACAGCAGAGAUCAAACUGACUGGGCUCAAUAAAAAGGCUCAAGGGUACCACAUACACGCCUACCCAAGCCCAUCGUACAUGCACUUAUUGCCAAAUGAGUCAUGCACUGGACUUAUUGCCGGAGAUCACUGGAAUCCUUACAAUGUCGAUAUUAAAACCAGUCCUCCUGCAGGCACAGGAACAGACGAUGAAUACGAAGUUGGUGACUUAAGUGGAAAGUAUGGGACCUUUUUAAACCGCUCUUCAUUCAGCAAAACGGUCAGGGACUACAAUCUUCCAAUGUUUGGUAGAAACAGCAUCCAGGGACGCUCUUUAGUCAUCCACAAACUGAAGAUUCAGGACAACAAUAUGCGCUGGGUCUGCAAUGACCUCAUGCCAGAGGUCGACAAAGGUAUCACCUACUUCAUGAAAGCCAUCGCAAAUAUCAGCGGACCGGCGGUAAAGGGAAUGGUUGUACUGGAACAGUACUUGUCUAGCUCGCCAAAUGUGGCUGAGGUCGAAUCCACAAUUUACAUCAACAUCGAACACAGCCAAGAUUCUGAGUCAACGAGUGGUCACCGGUAUGGUGUACAUAAAAAUCCUGUAGGCGAAGAUGCAAGUUACACAGACGUUAGCAGGAGAUGCAUGAGUUUGGAAGGGAACUUUAAUCCAUACGCAGUGUAUACUAAGGGAGACUACUCGUCCACCUGUAGUCCAACUAACAUGUUGCGCUGUGAAUCCGGAGAUUUGUCUGGUAAACACGACCCUCUCGAAGUGGGCGACGGCCGUGUGUUUUUCAACGAUGUCAAUCUUCCGUUAUUUGGCAUUGACUCCGUCGCUGGCCAUGGCAUAGCUGUGAAUGCUAAAGAUGGAGGUAGUGACCGAAUCGGUUGCGCCAAUCUCAUAGUGGAAGGAUCUUUAUAUGCAGAAAGAUCCCUCGAGUUCCCGAAAAAGGCUGCCUUUUCCAGUUUCCAUUUUGCCGAUAUCAUCUCUAAAGCUUUGGGAAUUCCAAAGUGGCGACUUUUCAUGAUUCGCACAGAGGAAGGCAGUGUUUCCGAGUGCAUGAAAGUCAAGUUUGCAAUAGUCGGCAAUGCGAAUCAAGUCAUCCAACCUGUCACAAAAUUUGACGAUCUCAAGCAAAAUAAUCCUGAAGCGUUCAAACCCUACACAUGCAACCCCUCGACAACAAGUGGAUUACUUCCAGACCCCUCGACAACAAGUGGAUUACUUCCAGACCCCUCGACAACAAGUGGAGCACUUUGUUAUCACUCAAGCUUCCUACUAUCCAUCAUUGUUGUGGUGGUCGUUGCUUUUAUGGGCUAAUGCCGAUUACGAUUACCGUCAGACAUACGUCAUCACUCUUAAUGGAAUGAUUAAAGUGCUACUGGGACGAAAUUUUUGCA